AGAAACAGGAAAAAGAAAAGCAGUUUCAGAAUCACCAGGAGGGAGAGAGGGCUGCAAAAUUUCAUUUUGAAGGCCCCUCUCAAAACUCAAUCUUUUUCCCACAAAAAAACUAGAAAUUUCAUCUGUGAAUCAUAGGAAUUUUGUUUCUGUUCAUCGUUAACACAUUCCUAUGGUUCACAAAAUUCAAUUCUUUGAUGCGCCGAUUGAAUGCCCGCACAGUAAGCCCUAGUCCCGAAGAAGAUAACAAAGAUAUGGAUCCGAUCAAAUUCCAAUUCCGCACGGCCCGGCCCGGAUUCCGACCCCCCAACAACAAGCAGCCAAAUCCAAUUUCAAAAUUCUGUCUCUACAUCGCUAUCUCGAUUGCGAUUUUGCUAUUUUGCUACGCUCUGCUCUAUGGGAACAGAAUUGACGAAAACAAGAAAUACGGCAUCGUGAUCGACGGAGGGAGCACGGGGACCAGGAUUCAUGUGUUCAAGUACGACGUUGUCAAUGGGAAUUUGGCCCUGGAUUUCUCCGACAAGGGGCGGGCGUCGAUGAGGGUGAAUCCGGGCCUCUCGGCUUACGCGGAGGAUCCGCAGGGGGCGGGCGCCGCCGUGGCACAAUUGGUGGAAUUCGCAAAGAGAAAUGUGCCGAGAGAGCGUAGGGGCGACACCGAGAUCCGGCUAAUGGCGACCGCUGGUUUGAGGUUGUUGGAGAAAGAAGGUCAAGAGAGGAUCUUGGAUGCUUGUAGGAGGACUUUGGGGGCAUCUGGAUUUAGGUUUCGUGAUGAUUGGGCUAGUGUUAUCACUGGGUCUGAUGAAGGCUUGUAUGCUUGGGUUGUGGCUAACUAUGCUCUUGGAACUCUUGGAAAAGAACCAACACAUACAACUGGUAUCAUUGAACUUGGUGGUGCUUCAGCUCAGGUCACAUUUGUCUCAAAUGAGCCUAUGCCCCCUGAGUUCUCCCGGCAAGUUAAAUUUGGGAAUUUCACUUACAACCUAUACAGUCACAGCUUACUUCACUAUGGCCAGAAUGUUGCCUUCGAGUCGUUGAAAGAAUCUCUUCUAUCAGGACACCACGAAUUGCCUGCCGAAUCUCUUUACAUAAAGAAACCAAUGGAUCCUUGUACUCCUAGAGGAUAUGCCUAUGAAAAGGAGGCACGGAGGCUCUCUCCUAUUUCUUUGGUCGAAAAAAGGAGAUACAUGUCCACUUUGUCUCCCAGUGGUAAUUUCUCCGAGUGCCGAUCUGCUUCUUUGAAGCUGCUGCAGAGAGGGAAAGACAAAUGCUCUUAUCACACUUGCUACAUUGGAUCAACAUUUAUUCCAAAGCUGCAGGGGAAGUUUCUGGCAACAGAAAAUUUCUUUCACACUUCAAAGUUCUUUAGGUUGAGGCAAAGAUCAUUUUUGUCUGGUUUGAUGGCUGCCGGGGAAGAAUUCUGCAAAGAUGACUGGUCAAAGCUGACAAAGAAAUACUCAUUUCUCAAUGCAGAGGACCUUAAACACUAUUGCUUCUCUUCGGCAUAUAUUGUCGCCAUGCUUCAUGAUAGUCUAGGAAUUGCUUUAGAUGAUCGAAGGAUUAAAUAUGCGAGCCAGGUUGACAGUAUCCCACUCGACUGGGCGCUGGGAGCCUUCAUCCUGCAGAGUGCAGCCGAGUUAGACACAGAUAAUGCAGAUUGGCUGGCCCCGGUUAUAGGAGGUGAAUCUUCACCCCUACCUCUUCUCUUCGGAAUCUUCCUAAUGGUGAUGCUUGUGUCAUGGUUCGUGGUGAGGAGACGGAAGCCUUAUCUGAAGACGAUCUAUGAUAUGGAAAAAGGUAAAUACAUAACCACGCGCAUCAGUCGAUACUCAUAAAAGUAGCGGAGUUACAAAUGUACGUCCCUGAAUUUACUCAGACAACGACGACCAAGUGCCUCAGUGAUCUAUCUAGACUGCAUGUGAAGAAGAAGUUUGUUGCUGCUGCACUUCCUCAAUCUCAGUUCCCAUCCAAAUCUCGGCCAAGAAUAGAGGGAUCUGGCCGAUUGUCGAGCAAGUUAAGGACCGAGGGGUUUAGCCGGGGCGCAUGGCCGUGUUUUCGGGUGAGUACAGUUCUUGUAUGUCCAUUGGUAUAGAAGAAGAUUUAGUGUAGGAUUCUGUUUACAUAAUCCAGUGAUUGAUUGCACAAAUGUGAGCUCUGCUCUGAUGUGUAGCAUCAUUUUAACUAUUAAUCUUAUCACUAUUUAGGGUUUGUUUUUGUACACAGUGAAUGGAUGCAUUGCUUGUUCCACAAUGUAUAAUGAGUAGUAAUUUAUAUAUCA